GGGAUCCUUCAGGCUCCUCGGGUGGUUCUUGUUGUGGUGUUUCCAAUGCUCAACUUUAUUCUCUACCUAAUCCUCUCCCUUGGCUGCAGCAGCACCUCCCUCAGCGACAUCUCCCCAGUCAUAGCCCGCACCGACAGUCCAAUAAACAUCGGCGGGCAAGACAUUGUCGUCGACCUACGAGUUGGCUUCUAUGGUACCCCAUCUCCCAUCCUAUCCGUCCCAUCAACUCUGAUGCUCACCUCCGUCGUAGGAAUAUGCCUCGGCCCACCCCCCCUCUUCUGCACCUCCUCCUCCAGCAUACUCAACCCCAAGCGCGAAUCCGACCUCGCUCGCUCCAUCCCGCUGUCCAAAGGCGGCGGAAAUUUCGCCCUCGCCGGCCUAGCCCUCAGCCUCCAGUCCAGUUUCAUCGUUUUGUCUGGCUUCCCACUUCUACUCUCUCUCAUCGUCUCGAUACUGGCCAACAUGAUCCAGAUAUACUUCUCCUCUCAGGGCAUGAUCGAACUCCACGCCAAAGCGGCCUUGUGGGCGAGGAGUCUCGACUGGGCGGCUGCUGCGGGGGCAGUGAUGGGGUUCAGUGCCUAUCAGAGCAUUGUUGCUGCUGCGCCGAGGUUGAUAAGAGUGUUGAUGUCGGGGGCGAUGGUAGACAUUAGCGUGGGAGGGACGGCAAGUAGUUUGUUUGCUGGGGUUGUUGCUCUGACGAUUCUUGGGGCGGUGAUUAACACAUUGUUGACUGGGGGGGAUGUAGGGUCUGAUGCUUUUGUUGCUGGGAAGACCAUGGGGAAGCAAAAGACAACGGCGGGAGGGCAGGUGGGUGAUAGGGGGAGGAUGUCGAGGAUGUUUAUGAGGAGGCCGGCGUAUGAGGUGUUUCCUUGA